GGUGCCGGCGCCGUUGCCUAGGGAACGGGUUCCCGGCGGCCCCCGCGGCUCGGAGCCCAGCCCCGCCUCCUCCGGCGCGACCGGCCGACGCGAUCUGAGGGGCCGCGGUGGGAGCCCCCAGGCUCCCCUCAAUGCCGAGGAAACGCAGUUCCCUGCCCGAAGGUCACCUGCACAUGCCGAGACCAUGGCGUCAGCUUCACCGCCAGUCACGUUCCGGGAGUUCUGCCCCCUGUACUACCUGCUCAACGCCAUCCCCAGCAAGGUCCAGAAGGGCUUCCGCUCCGUGGUGGUGUACCUCACGGCGCUGGACACCAGCGGGGACUACAUCGCCGUGGGCAGCAGCAUCGGCAUGCUCUACCUCUACUGCCGCCACCUCGACCGCAUGAAGAAGUACAACUUCGAGGGGAAAACAGAAGCCAUCACAGUGGUGAAGCUGCUGAGCUGCUCUGAUGACCUGGUGGCUGCGGGCACAGCGUCGGGGAGGGUCGCCGUCUUCCAGCUGGUAUCCUCGUUGCCAGGGAGGAACAAACAGCUUCGGAGAUUUGACGUCACUGGCGUCCACAAAAAUAGCAUAACCGCUCUGGCUUGGAGUCCCAAUGGAAUGAAACUGUUCUCUGGGGACGACAGAGGGAAAAUCGUCUACUCCUCUCUAGAUCUCGACCAGGGCGUCUGUAACUCCCACUUGGUGUUGGAAGAGCCGUCUUCAAUUGUGCAGCUGGACUACAGCCAGAAAGUGCUUCUCGUCUCCACCCUGCAGAGAAGUCUGCUUUUUUACACCGAAGAGAAGGCUGUCAAACAGAUUGGGACCCAGCCACGGAAAAGUACUGGGAAAUUUGGUGCUUGUUUUAUACCAGGACUUUGCAAGCAAAGUGAUCUCACCUUAUAUGCAUCCCGACCUGGGCUCCGGCUGUGGAAGGCCGACAUCCACGGGACCGUUCAAGCCACAUUCAUCCUGAAAGAUGUCUUUGCUGGAGGUGUCAAGCCUUUCGAAUUGUACCCGCGUCUGGAGUCCUCAGACCGGGGAGGUUGCACUUUGCCCGAGAAACAUUUAGGGCUUGUUUCCUGCUUCUGUCAAGAAGGCUGGGUGCUGAGCUGGAAUGAGUAUAGUAUCUACCUUCUAGACACCUGCAACCAGGCCACAAUCGCUGGUUUGGAAGGCUCAGGUGAUAUUGUGUCUGUUUCCUGCACAGAAAAUGAAAUCUUUUUCCUAAAGGGAGAUAGGAACAUUAUACGGAUUUCCAACCGGCCUGAAGGACUAGCGACGAUAGCGCGCAACGGUCCAGAGGUGUCGGGAUGCGCAGAGCCCGCCCUGGUGCAGCAGGGGGAGAGGCCGGCAGGAGCCCCAGCUGCAGAGGUGAGGUUCUGCGGCUCCUCCGCCACCAGCUCCGUGGCCAGUGAGCCCAGGAGCAGGAGCAGCUCCCUCAACUCCACCGACAGCGGCUCGGGGCUCCCGGUGGCCCCAGAGCCGGCCAGAGGCAGCCAGCUCGCUUCACAGAGGUUCAGCGUCAUCAGCUCGGAGGACUUUGAGCAGGAGCUGGUGGUGAAGCCGCUCAAAGUGAAGAGGAAGAGGCGGAGAAGGAAGUCAGAAGGUGGGAGCAGGAGCACCUGUCACAGCUCCCUGGAGUCGACUCCUUGCUGUGAGUUUCCUGGCGACAGCCCCCAGUCCCUGAACCCAGACCUUCUGUCCGCGACCUCCAGCCUGUGCAGCAUCGCAGACUGCUCGGGCACAGAGUCCCCUGAAAUCGAGAGCUGCCUUAGCACUGAGGCAAAUGAGAUCCUUCCAGAAAACAGUGACCUGGAAGCACUUGGCAUCCUGGGGGUACCUGAGCCUACACCUGACCCUCUGACUAUGGAAAAUGACAAGGGAUUUGAAGUGCCAGGCUGGACCCACACCUGCGAGACUGAGGCACCCCCUGGGGGGACAAGUUCCUCCUUGCCCCCCAGGGAAGAAGAAGAAGACAGUGAUGUCACAGAACUGGAGGAAGAGCCUUGUCCCCUGGACCACAGUCCAGAUAGCAGAUUGUCAUCCUGCCACGAACAGAACAGCUCGGCGGAGGCCCCAGAGGUGGCGUGUGUGGACCCCCAGAGUCUUUUUACAGAAGCGCCCCUCCCAAACACCUCCAGGGUGCUGGCCAGCCUCGCCGGGGCCCCUGGUGCUGAGCACCGGCUGCCGGGGCCCAGACCUGAUGCCGGCAGAGAGCGGGGCCUCCUGACGCACACAGGCAGCCCCGCCCUCCUCGACUCGCACUCCCAGCAUGCUGUUGCCGCCAGUGACACUGGCCAGGAAGCUUCUGAACGUGACGUGAAUGGCAUCGGGGGACAGCAGGCUCUUCUGGUCACCACCGCGUCUGCCAUGGUCCGAGAGCCUCACCUGGAUCAGCCUGCACGGGACGCGGCGUCGACAUCCAGCGACGAGGAAGACAUCUAUGGCCACGGGCUGCCCUCCUCCUCCUCAGAGGCGAGCGUGGCAGAGCUGGGAGGCACAUGCUCUCCACAGGGCCUGAGCCAGCAGGGCACAGAUGCCACCAGGCUGCUGAAGUCAGACCAGUUUGCAGAAAGCUGGAUGGGCUACCCUGGCCCCGGCUAUGGCAUCCUCAGCCUGGCCAUCUCCGAGAAGUACAUCUGGUGCCUGGACUACAAAGGCGGCCUGUUCUGCAGCGCGCUGCCAGCUGCGGGGCUGCGGUGGCAGAAGUUCGAAGACAGCGUCCAGCAGGUGGCAGUCUCACCCUCAGGAGCCCUUCUCUGGAAGAUUGAGCAGAAGUCUAACCGAGCGUUUGCCUGCGGAAAAGUCUCUAUCAAGGGGAAGCGGCACUGGUACGAGGCUCUGCCCCAGGCCGUGUUUGUGGCCCUGAGUGAUGACACGGCCUGGAUCAUCAGGACAAAUGGAGACCUGUACCUGCAGACAGGUCUCAGUGUGGACCGGCCCUGUGCGCGAGCAGUGAAGGUGGACUGCCCAUACCCCCUGUCCCAGGUCACAGCCCGAAGCAAUGUGGUGUGGGCGCUGACGGAGCAGCGAGCCCUGCUGUACCGUGAGGGUGUGAGCAGCUUCUGUCCUGAGGGGGAGCAGUGGAAGUGUGACAUCACCAGUGAAAGGCAGGCUUUAGAACCUGUCUGUGUGACUCUCGGGGAUCAGCAGACACUGUGGGCCCUGGACAUCCAUGGAAACCUGUGGUUCCGAACUGGCGUUGUCUCCAAGAAGCCCCAAGGUGACGACGACCACUGGUGGCAAGUGAGCAUCACAGACUACGUGGUGUUUGACCAGUGCAGCCUGUUCCAGACCAUAAUCCACGCCACACACUCAGUAGCUACAGCGGCCCAGGUGCCUGUGGAGAAGGUGGCAGAUAAACUGCGCACGGCGUUCUGGUCACAGCAGCUACAGUGCCAACCGAGCCUCCUGGGGGUGAACAACAGUGGUGUCUGGAUCUCCUCGGGCAGGAACGAAUUCCACGUUGCCAAAGGAAGCCUCGUCGGCACCUACUGGAACCAUGUCGUUCCCCGAGGGACAGCUUCUGCAACUAAGUGGGCCUUCGUGCUGGCUUCCACGGCACCCACCAAGGAAGGGAGCUCCCUGUGGCUGUGCCAGAGCAGCAAGGACCUGUGCAGCGUCGGCGCCCAGCAGGCCCAGUCGCGCCCCUCCACCGUGCAGCUGCCCCCCGACGCUGAGAUGAGGGCCUACGCCGCCUGCCAGGACGCCCUGUGGGCUCUGGACAGCCUGGGCCAGGUGUUCAUCCGGACCCUCUCCAAGAGCUGCCCCACGGGCAUGUACUGGACCCGGUUGGACCUCAGCCAGCUAGGGGCCGUAAAGCUGACGAGCUUGGCAUGUGGAAACCAGCACAUCUGGGCCUGUGACUCCAGGGGUGGGGUUUACUUCCGCGUGGGAACCCAGCCUCUGAACCCCAGUCUGAUGCUUCCUGCCUGGAUAAUGAUCGAGCCACCUGUGCAGCCUGCUGGAGUCCCCCUGGUCAGCGUGUACGCCAGCCCCAACGACCAGAUGCUGUGGGCCCUGGACAGCCGGUGGAAUGUGCACGUGAGGGUGGGCAUCACCGAGGAGAUGCCCGUGGGGACCGACUGGGAGCACGUGCCAGGGCUGCAGGCCUGCCAGCUGGCACUGAGCUCCAGGACCGUGUGGGCCCGCUGUCCCAACGGUGACCUUGCCCGACGGUAUGGCGUCACUGACAAGAACCCCGCGGGGGACUACUGGAAGAAGAUCCCUGGCAGUGUGACGUGUGUUACAGUGACCUCGUCAGAUGAGCUAUGGGCAGUGGGCCCCCCUGGCUGCCUCCUCCAGCGGCUGACAAGGACUUUCAGCCACUCUCAUGGAGCCCAGAGCAGCCAGACCGCUGCCCAGCCCGAGGACCCAGAAGAUGAGUGGGAGGUCAUCUGAAGGACCAGCAGGCCACUCGGGACAAGACCGCGGGCACAGCUGGCUUCUUGCCACUCCGUCUGGGACACACCCUGCAGCGUUUGUCCACAUGCUUCUGGCCGAUGGACUCCCUCGAGCUCCCACUUGCACCAGGACCCCCGUCGAGGGGUCUCUAGGGAGUCUGCCAACUGCAGCCAGUCGCAUGCUCUCCAGUUUCCCACGUGUGCUCUGCCCUCUCCUCGCUGAGCCUCCAAGUCCUGCUGGGGGUGGACCCUGGCAGGACGGGUUACGGCACGCAGGGGCCACCAUAGACAGCAGCGUCAGUAGCGCCAGGCUGACCCGCACCCGAGGUCAGUGCUCAGCGACCCACAUGUGGCACGGUGAUGUCAUCUUCUUGGCUCCCGCCCAUCACCCUUGAGAUGUAGGUUCUGGCACAUUCCAUGCUCAGCGCUCCAGAGGGGAAUUCAAGGUCAUGCUCAGAGGGUGAGGUGCUGGACUGUGCUGGCAUGGAUAAUACACACACCACACACACACCCUCCCUGCCCACUCACAGGCUGGAAGUGCUCACUUCCUGGAGACCACACCUGGUGGAAAUAGGGGAGGCCAGCAGAUGAGACAGAAGCUGGACUGUACCUGUCGCCAGGUGGGGCUGCCCAGGAAGUGUGUCGGGCGUGAGGGCCUGGCCGUGCCAUUUCACCUGGUACUGUCUGGGGAGAGAGUCCAUUGCCACGGGUGACUUUAUGAAAACCAGGAGCAUCCUCAAAGGAUGCAUCUACUAAUUAUUGCCUUUUUUGUUUGUUAUAUUUCAAACCUGCAUAAGAUACCUCAUCUGAAAUCAAAUCUUAACAGACUUAAAAAUGGAUUUUCUGAGGCCAGCCUAAGACCUUCCAUUCCUUCCGCUGGUUUCUCCUGGGCUGCAGCUUCAGAAAGUGGGUGACCCCCACCCCACAUGUCCUCUGGUGGGGCAGUUCUAGGACUCUGCAUUUGGGUUGAGAUCCCCAGAUGGCAGAAGCCGGUGCCUGUCAUGAUCUGUGGCUGUGACCUCUUUAGAUGUCAGUCCUUGGGGCCAGUCCAAGGGCCCCUCUUCCAGCUGGCAUCUGAGUAGACAGCCCGCAUGAUCCUGCCGAGCCCACUGCUCCCUCCCUCCUGGAGGCAGCUCCAGGCUGGGUGCCAGCCUCGCUGCUGUUUUUAGCUCACAAGCCCAGGACCCUGCUCCUCAGCGUCCCUUUUCUACAAGUGAGCCCGGGAGCCCAGCCACAGAGAAGCGCAACAAAGUCCAUCCUUAGACACGACCCAGGCCCAGAAGUAAGGACAAGACAUGGAGACCCCAGGUCUGUCUUCACAGCUCAGUUUUAUAGAGCCCUUGUGUUGAGGCCUCGCGAAGGCAGAGACUGUGCAGGCCAGGACGGCUGCUGCUCUAUUCCCCGUGCCUUCCCCACUCUGGGGCGGCCACGCCCUCGGGACCCCGCGGGACUCCAGUGCAAUGAAACCCGGUCAAGGUCAAUCCCCUUCCACCCCUUGUGGCUUUUGUGUUGUGUCGUUUUCUUUCUGGUUUUGAUUUUUAGUUGUGCUUUGAGACAGUGCAAUAAACAAGACCUUUUCCAAACCUG